AUGGCUCCCAGAAUCCCCACAGCCGCCAGCGACAGCACUCUCUCAGUCUUCGGAGGAAGAAGAAGCACCAGAGACGGCACCGGCAGAGCGCGUCCGUCUGCCGGUAACAUGGCCGGAGUGCAUCACGCCCCGGGAAGCGCACCGGCUGGUACCGCUGCAGCUGCACCGCCCCCCCAACCCCUCUGUGCUGGGCUGCGGCACCGAGAUAUGGUGGCCCAGAGCGUCGGAUCGGUUCGGAAACAUCGAGACCGAGGCGAUGGUGUCGCGGCUGGGCAGGCCACCCUACGAGUCUUGUAUGCAGAUGUUAAAUACGAGGAGUCUGGCUACGGGGGACCUGUUCAGGGCGCGGUCCAUGGAUAUGAUCGCUCGUGUUGGCCGUUACCUCAUGCCUGGAGCUGUGCUGUCUGUUCCCGGAUCGGUGCCCGGGCCAGGUCCCGAUGGCGCAUUGUAGUACUCGCAGGUCGGGUCAGACUACGACGUGCUUAUCGACUUGCCUACUCUCAUACAUCUAGGAGCGCUACCGAUCUUGACAAUGACACUUCGCUGUACCUGGAAUUUCCGAGCCACGGUUGCGAUGCCGCUUCCGCACCCGCUUGCGUUGGGAGAGACGAUCCAGCUUGCCGUGACGCGUGA